AAUCGAACAAUAACAUUAAACAAAAUCUCAGCAAUUAAAAAAAUAAAACCAACAUAAAUAAUUUCCAAAAUGGAAUGGUAUGUGGGUACUGAAUGGCAACUCGAACGUAAGGGUUUACACAAAAAGGUGCAGGCACUGGAAUUCACUAAAGUGGAAAAGCCCAAUCAAGUGGCUAAAGUAGUAAUUUAUGUUAAACGUGUAGAAAAUCUCAAGGAAAGGGAAACACAGUGGCUAAAUGAAAAUACUCUAAACACUGAUCAAAACAUGGAAAUGGGUACGGCCAUAACACCCAUUGACUAUUACUUAGAGAUAUUGGUGCAGCAAAUGAUGUUGGGUGAAACGGCAGAGUGCACAGUGAAAACCAAAACACCUGGGGAAGAGGUAAAGAUAAUCUUGACGUUACAAGAAAUUAAAGAAACAAAGGGAAUUCAACAGUUAACAGUACCAGAAAUGUAUAAUUUGGCUUUGAAAUAUAAAGAGAAUGGAGUGAAAAUGUUCAAAAAGUAUCCCAUAUUUGCCCACGAAUACUUUACUAAAGCUGCCAAGUGCUUAAUAUCGUACAAGAGUUUUGAGGGUUUAACCAAAAAACAAGAUGGUGUAGCAGGCAAAGAUAUGCAGGAUCUGUUCAUACAAAUACAAACCAAUUUGGCCGCUUGUCUGCUCAACGAAAAACGUUACGAUGAUGUGGUGUAUCAAACAAAUUUCGUAGACACUAUGAAUAAUCCCUCGGAGAAAAGCAUUUAUCGUCGUGCCACGGCCUAUUACCACAUGAACGAAUUUGAAUUGGCCCAAAAGACAAUUGAGAAGGUAGCUGAUUAUAAGAAUAAAAAAGAUUUUGUCAACUUGCAUCAGAAAAUCUUAAAUAGUUGGAAGAAUAGUAAUGCUCAGUAUAAGGGUAUGGUACAAAAAAUGUUUGGUUAAAUUUUAAAAUUUAUUUAAAUAUAAUAAAAAAAAGAAAACUAUAAAUUUAAGAAAA